AUGCCCGCCAAAUACAUACUCGUAUCACUGCCUCUUGGCAUCUUCGACUCGCAUAACCAAGACGAAGCACUCUCAGCUCUGUCCGCAGUGAUCUCUGUCGACAAUGGCAUCACUCGGCCUUUUCCACUUCCGCAUUUCAAGAUUGGGACUCUAGAUGCGCUUGUUCAGCAAGCUGAUGAUCUUGCAAAGCUUGAGGCUGCCUGUGAAUCUGUCGUAGCGAAGAUCGCAGAAUCCUUGCAAACGCUUAUGGGCGGAGAUGAGGACAGGAUCAAUCAGCAAAAGAUGGUGAAUGAUAAACCCAUUGACCAUUAUCUCAGCUCGUUCUCCUGGAACAAGCUAAGAUAUCGGGCCGACAAGCCACUUGGAGAAUUAGUCGAUAUGCUUCAGAAGGAGCUCAUUACCGUUGACAACGAUGUUAAGGCAAAGUUGAACCAGUACAAUUUAGUCAAGAACAACCUCAUUGCCCUGCAGCGUAAACAAACUGGCAACCUGUCUACGAAAUCACUGACGUCUGUCGUCGAUCCAACGUUGCUUGUUCAGGACUCGGAGUACCUUGAGACACAUCUGAUCGCAGUGCCCGUCAAUGAAAAGAAAGACUUUCUGAAGAGCUACGAGACUCUGGCCCCCAUGGUAGUGCCGCGCUCGUCCGUACAGGUCGCGCAAGACGACGAGUUCAUCCUGUUUGCUGUCACGACGUUCAAGAAGACCAGCGCACAGUUUCUCCAAAAAUGCCGAGAACAAAAGUGGACACCCCGACAAUACAAGCAUGUCCAGGGUGGCAGAGAGGAAGAACAACAAGAACUGGAUCGAGUGGCACAAGAGGAAAAGAAGAUUUGGGUGGAGAUUCUCCGAUUAAGCCGGACAGGGUGGAGCGAGAGCGUCAUGAUUUGGCUACACGUUCUUACGCUACGCGUAUUUGUCGAGGCUGUCCUCCGCUACGGUCUACCGCUGGACUAUGUCUCUGCUUUGGUCAAGACAACUCCGAAGCAAGCCAGCAAGGUCAGGAGUGCCCUCGACUCUCAAUACUCGUAUCUCGGAGGUAAUGCGUUCGGCAGGGAUAAGCGUGGCAGGAUGACCAAAGACGAUGCCACUCUAACCUCGGAGUUGGCAGCGGCAGGGGUUGGAGGUGCCGAAGGCAGUGAAUACACGGCGUAUGUGUAUUACGAGUUUGUCUUCCCCUAA